UUUUGUGCAUUAGAAUGCAAAACUUAAAAAGAGAAACAAAAAUACCAACAGCAAAACAUGCAUGUGUGCAUAGAGAGAACGUUCCAUGCAUUCAAAUGCAAUUUGCAUCUCUUUUUUGUUGAUUUCAAUUAGCACCCGCCGAUUAACACAGGAUUCCAAAACUAGCCGUUGAUUCUUGUAAAAGAGACCUAAUUUUAACUGUUGGUUACGUAAUAUAAAUAUCCAUUUUAGAGAAGCUUUCAAGGCACAUGCAUGUUUACCAUCUUUUCUUCUCUUAUUCUAGUGUUCCAUUAAGAUUGCUCAUUCGGGUGCUCAAGUGACAAACCACAUUUGAUCCUGGAGGAUUUACAGAGUCACAUGCAGGCUUCGGGUAAAGGCUGAUAAAACCUUUAAGGACAGUGAUCCCAUGUUUUGCUGUUAAGUCAGUGGUUUAAGUAAAAUGGAAUUAUACACCGGUGAGAGGCCAAGUGUGUUCAGACUUUUAGGGAAGUAUAUGAGAAAAGGGUUAUAUGGCAUCCUAACCCAGGGUCCCAUCCCUACUCAUCUUGCCUUCAUAUUGGAUGGAAACAGGAGGUUUGCUAAGAAGCAUAAACUGCCAGAAGGAGGUGGUCAUAAGGCUGGAUUUUUAGCUCUUCUGAACGUGCUAACUUAUUGCUAUGAGUUAGGAGUGAAAUAUGCGACUAUCUAUGCCUUUAGCAUCGAUAAUUUUCGAAGGAAACCUCAUGAGGUUCAGUACGUAAUGAAUCUAAUGCUGGAGAAGAUUGAAGGGAUGAUCAUGGAAGAAAGUAUCAUCAAUGCAUAUGACAUUUGCGUGCGUUUUGUUGGUAAUCUGAAGCUUUUAGAUGAGCCACUCAAGACCGCAGCAGAUAAGAUUAUGAGGGCUACUGCCAAAAAUUCCAAAUUUGUGCUUCUCCUUGCUGUAUGCUACACUUCAACUGAUGAGAUCGUGCAUGCUGUUGAAGAAUCCUCUAAGGAUAAAUUGAAAUCCAAUGAAAUUUGCAACGAUGGAAACGGAGAUUGUGUGAUUAAAAUUGAGGAGAUGGAGUCAUAUUCUGAAAUAAAACUUGUAGAACUUGAGAGAAACACUUACAUCAAUCCUUAUCCUGAUGUCUUGAUUCGAACUUCUGGGGAGACCCGUCUGAGCAACUACCUACUUUGGCAGACUACUAAUUGCAUACUGUAUUCUCCUCAUGCACUGUGGCCAGAGAUUGGUCUCCGACACGUGGUGUGGUCAGUAAUUAACUUCCAGCGUCAUUAUUCUUACUUAGAGAAGCAUAAGGAAUACUUAAAAUAAUUUGUUUCUGUUCCUAGCUCAUCCUGCUUUAUUCGCGAUAGUUAAGCUUAAGCAUAUCCUUGUAGAAUAAACUCGGAAACUCAAGCAUGGGAUUAAUCCUUGUAUUGUAGCAAAUUCCGACAUGUUAAAUUUUUGUUAUGCUUUUGUUUUGUUUCAAUUCAGAGCUGUAAACUCUGCUAGCAGCAUGGAGUCACCAGGUGAAGUGUGUUUGUGCUUUCCAAUCUUUUAAGUGUUUUGAGAUGUGUUUCUUUGUGUACUGAUGUUGCUACUGCUGGGCUCUUCACCAAGAUUUGGGUCUUGUUUUCAUUUUAGCUUUUUUGUUUUUUUUAAUGUCGUUCUGUUUAUUUGUUCACCCUGGCUAUCCUUUGCUUGAUUUCGUCAACCCUUGGCUAGAUUAUUUUGGCUGUUA